CAUUUUCAGGCGCACAAAGAAAAAGCAAAGUGUGGAGAUUCUGAGGAUCAAUUGUCUUCGCGGAACAACGCACGCGGGGCAGGGCGAGGGAGAACAGAAAAGAAGAAAAGAAAAAAAAAAGCAUCGGAAUAAGAGGAACUGCAUGCCAGCCCGGUGAGAUGAAGAGAAGGCCGUAUAGCGGGUUUCCACAGGUACCGGGGACGACCAGCCUCGGGAAAAGUGCCAAUGUUAUCGUUUGCUCUAACGGUACUCCGUACUCCGUACAUACCAUACAUACAUCGAUCCCGUACCAACGUACCGUCCGAAGGGUCCCGAGGCCGCUCCGUCCAAUCUUACAAUAAUCAACAGGCCAUUCCCAUGCUCGGGCUUUGUAAAUCGCUCGUGGAGUUGACGGCUGCCUCCGCUAUUUAUGGCAUAGCGGCUUGCAAUUCAACGUGGGCUCAGGAUCUGAGUGGGUACCAUCCGUCCUGCUUACCGGUAAAAUUAAGGGCUCCUCCGCGACCGGGACGCUAGGACGGUACAGCCGCGUAUCGUACCAGAAAAGAUAUCGGCUGGUGGAGAUGUCCCACCAUCGCCUCGACUCACAUGAGAGGGGGGGCGGAAAAGACGUACUGGGGUUGUAACGAUUUAGUAACGAUGUACUGUACGCCGUCCAUACAUACCGUACAAACAUACAUUAUAUACAUUACAUACGGAGUACAUUUUACCAGAGGGCAGCGGUGGAAUAAACGCCAGAUGUAAUACCGAAACGGAGGGGAUGAUUUCGUCGGAUACGUGGGUAAAUUAGCAGUCCAUGCUGGAGGGCAGGAUGCGACGCUGUCGUGUGAGUAGUGAGUUCAGAGGGGGAGAGUAGUAAGAUGAAAGGCGCGUGUUUAUGUGCCUGAUCGCAGCGGGACGGGGAUCUGUUUGUUUAGCUGGAAAGAUGGGCGAGGAGAAGACGGCGGGUGAGCCAACAUGAAAACGGUUCCCCGUCAUCCAGUGAGCAGGGCCCCAGCACGCUUUGUUUAUCACCGAACCCUCGAAGCCACUCUGAUCUCCACGACGCGGUCCGCUGGGAAAAAAGGAAAAACAAAAAAAAAAAGAAAAGGAAAAAAA